UUCUUUCUUUGUGGUGGAUGUGGAAAUAGCGAAAUAGCAGUUCCGGGUGAGCCAGUUGACCUUGGUUAGUGGGAUCGUCAUGGCGGCCCUAGUCAGACUUGGUUCUAUCUGUCAUAGAGGAGUAAAUCCUCUCCUCCUUCGUAGUGUUCUCGGCGCACGACCACUGGCCGGACAACAGAAGGAUGCAGAGCCACCUCAUCUUUUGACGGCACUGAUACAUACAUCAACUCCAAGUUAUGCUGGGUCUGCUUCGAAAGCUGCGUCUCUGCACUGGACAGCAGAGCGGAUUCUGAGUGUGGCGCUGCUGGGCAUGGGCCCCCUGGCUUACUUCUACCCCGGUCCCAUCGUCGACUACCCUCUGGCUGCAGCACUAGCCCUUCAUGGACACUGGGGACUGGGCCAAGUAUUAACAGACUACGUUCACGGAGACGCUAAGAUCAAGAUGGCAAAUGCAACUUUAUUCAUGGUGUCCUCGAUUACAUUUGCUGGUCUCUGCUACUUCAACUACAACGAUGUGGGCAUCUGCAAAGCAAUCGCCCUCCUGUGGAGUAAAUAAAUGGACUUGAGACUGUAUAUAUUUGAGGAACAUUUGGGCACGUGGACUUUUGUGAUCUUGUUCCAGCUGAAUGUGUGCUUUAUGGGAUAUGUAAAUUAUAUAAAUAUAUAAUUUCUCACAAAGUGAUUAAUGAUUAUUCAUAAGUAUUUUUAAUUGUACGUCAUGGUGAGUAUUUCUGCUCACACAAGUUCAGUGAAAAUCUAGUCCACACUCUAUUACUAUGAAGGCAAGAUGAAUCUUCCUUUUAUUGCUUUGUCUGCCAAGGGAGGAAUCCUAUUAAUCCUUUCAAUUUAAAGGAAGACGUUUAAUUCAGCUUGGUGUCCACAAGAAUUGAAACCCCAUAUUUUUCCCACUAGUAUGUCUUUGUUUCACACGUGUUUACCAUGGAAACGGCAUGUAUACCUAAUGGUAACUUCAGCAACAGUGGUCUAUGAUUACUUAUUGAUAUCUUUACAGUUUGUCAAGUCAGUCUACGUCUUGAAUGUUUGACUUAUUUAUUAUCGUGAAGAGUAUCGAUGUUCUUCUCUAGUCUCCAAACAAGACGGAUGCUAGUGUCAGCACUUGGUUGGCAGAUACAGCAAUAUUGUCACUGCAAGUCCUGUUUUUUUUGUUAAUAAGGGAAUAUUCUACUGAAGUUGGCCUGCCUGUAUGCAUCAGAGGUCCGUUCUAACAAAUGUCUUUUUGUUAGUUUCCUUGUCUCUGGAUAGAACAACUGUUUGUAUAGGAUGUCAUAAGAGGAAGCGUCUCACCCCCUAAAUCUUCAACUCAGGCCCAUGUCAUUGUUGUGCUGGCAGAAAUCAGUUCAAAAUAUGUUGUAAUAUUUCUGAUUGAUACUAGGUCUUCAUACAGCUUACCCAUGAGCAACUGUUAAACUCCAGGAUAAUUGAGUCCAGCUGUGUUUCUUGUAUGGAAGCAGUUGAAUUCAGCAGUGCCAUUAAUCAAAUCAAUUGUAUCUACGCACAAACUAGCUUUGGCUAAUAGUAAGACACACCGUGCAGCUUAAAAAUUGUGUUGGUCUUACGUAUUUUUUGCUUUCCUCAAUAAAUAGCCAUGUCUUUCAUGCCAAA